AUGUAUGAACACAACACUUUCAAAAUAAUCCUGAUUUUCCUCACUGUGGCUGUCUACAUUGUCAUGAUAGCAUUCAAUGCCGGAGCAGGCUCUGGUCUAAUCAAAGGAAUAUUUUUGCAGACUGUAGGAAAUAUCUCAAAUAAAUACAUUACUGAAUUUACACCAUCAGGAUGGACAUUUAUGAUCUGGAAUGUAAUAUUUGCUUGGCAGUUUCUUUGGCUUGGAUAUGUUGUGGCUGGGAUCUGUAGACGGAGUGAGCUGGGCUGGAUGUAUUUAAAACCAGAUGUGUUUCCAGUCUGUUUUUACUUUGUGUGGAUACUCAAUAAUGUGCUGAAUAUAGGAUGGCUCUUCCUCUGGGAUCGAGAGUUCUUGAUUCCUGCACUGGUCUUUCUAGGAGCCAUUGUUUUAACCAACUACAUUGUGCUUUUUAUUUCCUACCGAGCUCUAUACCUUAAUGGAGACUGGUUUUUUCAGGCAGCGGAGAGUGGAUUUAUGGCUUAUUCGCAUUUUUGCACACAAUGGAAUAGCUGUAUAUGCAACGUGGACUACAAUAGCCUGUCUCUUGAAUUUUGCUGUGGCCUUAACAUACAAUGGUGGCAUUCCCAAUAGUGUAUCCACUACUGUAUGUCUAUCCAUCCUGGCUUUUGAAGUGGUAUUAUGGUUUAUUUUGGAAAACUUUGUAUUUGACAAAUAUGUUCGUUAUACACUGACUGUGUAUCCCGUGGUUAUUGUGGCAUUAUCGGGAUCUCUGGACAAGAACUUUCAGGAGUCCUCUCCCGAUGGAAAUAACAUCUAUAUAGCUGUGUUGCUGGCCGUGGCUUGUGCUGUGUUCGCUAUACGUCUUGUGUUAGUUAUUUGGAGACAUAUCAGGCAGCCAUUGUACACCAGAGCAUCAAGCAAGACCGCAUUUCCUCUGGCCUAA